AUGAAAGACCUGCAAGAAGCUCCAAGAGUAAGACUUAAGAGUAAGACUAAAAUUAAGACCACCAAGAGUAAGACUAAAAUUAAGACCUCCAAGAGUAAGACUAAAAUUUUAGACCUCCAAGAUAAGACCUCCAAGAGUAAGACUAAAAUUAAGACCUCCAAGAGUAAGACUAAAAUUAGACCUCCAAGAGUAAGACUAAAAUUAAGCAAGGUUAAGACCUCCAAGAGUAAGACUAAGACUAAGAAAAUUAAGACCACCAAGAGUAGGAGUAAGACUAAAAUUAAGACCACAAGAGUAAGACUAAAAUUAAGACCUCCAAGAGUUAAGACUAAAAUUAAGACCUCCAAGAGUAAGACUAAAAUUAAGACUCCAAGAGAAGACCAAUUAAGACUCCAAGAAGUAAGACUAAAAUUAAGACUCCAGAGUAAGACUAAAAUUAAGACCUCCAAGAGUAAGACCUCCAAGAGUAAGACUAAAAUUAAGACCUCCAAGAGUAAGACAAAAUUAAGACCUCCAAGAACUCUUAAGAAGAUUAAGACCUCCAAGAGUAAGACUAAAAAUAAGACCUUCAGAAGUAAGACUAAAAUUAAGAACUCCAAGAGUAAGACUAAAAUUAAGAUCACCAAGAGUAAGAGACCUGCAGAGACCUCCAAGAGUAAGACUAAAAUUAAGACCUCCAAGAGUAAGACCUGCAAGAGUAAGACUAAAAUUAAGACCUGCAAGAGUAAGACUCAAAUUAAGACCUCCAAGAGUAAGACCUCCAACAGUAAGAUCAAAAUUAAGAGCUCCAAGAGCAAGACCAAAAUUAAGACCUCCAAGAGUAAGACCAUCAAGAGUAGCUACACCAAGUGUCUCAAAGACGCGGCUCGCUACAGUCUUUUGUGCGGCUCGCGGCACUUUUGCUAUUUAAGACUUACCGUCAGCCGUUUUAGGUGGUUUAUUAAGCCAGUCCUACGGCUUUUGCGGUUAUCACUAACACUGUCACAAUGGCCGUUUCGCAGUGUCGACUCACGAGUAUCGGGCUCGCAUGCUGUAUACAGAGGGGAAAUGUGGCCACCGCGAGGGAAUGAGUUUGACAGCGCUGAUCCAUAUUUUUCGGUGUAA